AUGUACACAGGUACGAAAAUGCACAGGGACAUUAAAGACGAUAUUAUUAAAAGCCUGCCCUUUACGUUCAGCAAGGUGGAGUUAGCUGCAUGUGAUGAAAGGGGACAAAAAGGGGAAACGAAACAGACCAACAAUAAUGAUGGCGCUGCACACGUUGUGGAAGGUAAUCAGGAAUAUCACACCGAUGAGGGUGGCGAUACAGACGGGAAGAGUCCCCCUGAGGGGAACGACCGCCCGAACUGCCACGAAUGUGUAGGGGGAAAAACAGAAAAAGACAACAAAAGGAAAAGGAAAGAAGAUUCAAAGAGCAGCCGUUUUAAUGACCAGGUGAAGAAUGAACACGUACCAAAUAGGCAAAAAAAAAACUCGGCGAAAAAAGCGGCCGCUAAGCCCCGCAAGGAGCAUCACCUCUACGCGCACACACGCGGGAGAGACACGACCAGCAAAGUGAAGGAGUUACUCUCUACGAACGGAUUGCAGGACAUGGAAGGAGUAGAAGAAGGAGGAGAUCACGAGGAUUUGCAUUAUUACACAGACGAAUUUAACGAAAGGGCAUAUGUGACUGUAGAGGAAAGUAAGGUGAAAAAUUGGCGCGUGCAAAAUUACCUUAACGUGGACAGGUUAAGCUUAUCCGUUUCGACGAGCAGCAUGGGGGGAAAGACUGCAGGGGAGCAGGACCGUCUGUCUAGCGGGGGGGUCGAUUCUUCUAGCGAUGAGGACAACCCUGCAGGACGGGUGAGCCAACAAGGUAAUAACAUCUUCGGGGAGUCCCUUUUUUCCUCCUUCAAUUUGAACUUCGACCCGUUGGAGGGGGUAAGCAACCAUUUGGGGGAACAUCUCAGGGAAGACUUCCCCACUGAGGUGAGUUUCGACGCAGGGGUUAGGGACGGUCCAAGUCGGAUGGACACUGACCAGACGGUAGGCAACCACCCCCUUGAGGUGGACAACACAAUGCACUCACUGGAGGAAGACAAGGAACUGCAUCUAUUCGACUCACUAAAAAAUUUAUACACAAAUCACAACAAAAAAAUUAAGCUCAUUAACUAUAGUAAGAUUUUAAAUACAAGUCUGUGCAAGCGUAUGCAGGGUGUUGUGGAGGGUCAGCAGGGAAAGGUACGUGAGACAAGCAAGGGUAGGCUUAGCAGGAACGGUAGGCUUGGUAGUAGUGGCAAGAAGGGUUUACGUAGUAGGGGGGAACCCGCGCUCGGCCAAAAGAUGACUGAGCACAAUGUGAAGGCAAUUAUUAUGAAUAUAAAAAAGAGGCUUGGCUUCUACUCGGGGGAGGAGCGACAGGAGACACAGAUGCAGACGCGACACCAGAAGCGACGUGAGAAACCCACCUUUUGUGACAGCCUCAAUUACUCAAGGGAUGAGUUGCUCUCCGAUAGCGUGACAAACGAACUGUGCAAUGGGGAAGAACCCAACUCAUUUGCAAAAGUAGAUGCAGCUAGCCAAAGUGCGGAAAAACGGAUUCAAAACCGAGACAGCCAAAAUCUGCUUAAUUAUAAAAGCUUCGUUUCAGAAGAUUUUAAUUUUUCAAACGAUAAGGAUGGGGAUGACCUCCUCGGCUUGUCCGUAUCUCAUAACAGCCAAGGGGAAAGCCUCCCGUCGUCCAGUGAAGGAUGUGUGAGCACAGACAAUGAAGAUGUUUUCGCACUGUCUACGUCAUCGGCGCAGUUUAAGCGGAGCUUUCUGAGGGCCAUAGGACGGGUCUCCAACGGGGUGGACAAUGAAGGUAACGAUGGGGAAACCGGCCCGAAUGAUCACACACACGCCGAGUUCGAUAACCCCACAAAGGGUCCCCCAUGCGGGAACACCGAAACAAAGAAACAGGAAGAAGUAAACUGCCAAGAGGUAUUAAAAAGGGAAGAGUUCCCAACAGGGACGGAAACGAAUUGUUGUGGAAAUAUACCCUCUUCAGGGGAGAGUCCCACAAAGGAACCUACUCUAGAUGGAGAGGGGGAUCGUCAUUCGAAAAACGUGUUCUACAUUAAUGAAGAGAAUAAAAAAGACAAAGUGAAAGAACUAACUUCACGUAUAGAGAAGUGUGAUGAAGACGUGGAAACAUGUCCUGGUGGGUCGCCCAAGGAUUUUUCAACGGAAGGGCAGCAGCAUUCUACUACAUGCAAUGGAAACAAUCCCCAAUGGGGUGAAGAAAACGAGUCUAACAAGAUUGGCAAAACGGAAGGGGUAGACGUUUUAUCACAAGAGAUGAACGCCUAUAUGUUGGACAUUUUCGAGAAGCAAGUUAAGCACCUCAAUGAAUUGGUGGCAAACGUUUUGUCCUGA